AUGUUUCCUUUGUUUUGGAUGACAUACGUAUAAGAACAAAAAAUAAACGUUCACAUACUGUUUGAUUUUGGGAAAGUGUAGUCAGUCGAAGUAACAUGGUAACUGUGAAUAAUUAAACGUAUAAACUUUACGUUUUCGUGUUGUCUUGUGUUUUAAAAGAAUCCAAAAUGAAUAAUCCAGUUUUAUCAGAAUUCGAAUGCCCCAUAUGCAUGGAGUAUAUGAUACCUCCAAUUCACCAGUGUACCAUGGGUCAUACAUUUUGUGUGAACUGCUUCGACAAGUUCUCAAAAUGCCCAACAUGCAGGAGCCCCAAAGGGGUUUCGAGAGCUUAUGCUCUAGAAAGAAUACAUUCCAGUGUUAUAUUUCCUUGUCGGUUCAGGUCUGAAGGUUGCGAGGUGCAGAUACUGGGAUCCGAACUGAGCGACCAUCAAGGCACAUGUACCUUCGCUAAGAAUCUUUGUCCCUUCGCAACUCCGAUGUCCUGCCGCUGGCAGGGAAAGAGAAAGGAAAUCGUCGAACAUUGCAAAGAGGUGCAUCCCAACAAUAUCCAGAGGGGCAACCACAUCAUCCUUAAAUGUCCCAUGUUCGACAUCCUGGGUGGACAACCCGCUUUCUACUUCACCAUCAUACAUGCCUACAGCCAGCAGUUCCUGUUCUGCUGGCACAUAGAUACUUCCGGUAUCAUACGAUGGUCCAUGUUCUUCAUAGGAAACCCCAAGGAAUCGAAGAGAUACAAAUUCACCAUCUCCAUAGGCAAUCCGCAUGGCAAACACGAUCAGAUUUUCAUGUCCACAGGAUGCGAGCAAAUUGUGGAAGAAUACGAGCUCUUCGACGACAAGUACUGCCUGACCAGUCCAUACGAAUCGGUGAAGAAACGAUGUAACAAAAACGGCGAUCUGCAUUACGAGAUCCGGAUAGUCGACAAAACGUUCGAAAAUUUAAAGGAGGAACGCAUUGCUUGAACCACUUGAUGUGUGUUGUCUUGUUCGUUGAUUCCUUGUUAAGUUUGUUAUAUUUUACGACUCAAAUUUUAUGAAUUUAAGUGUUUAUAAGAUGACGAUAUGUAUAAAAAGAAAUAGUAAUAUAUUGUUCUUCGACAAGAAAUAAAUUAUUUUUACAUGA